AUGGAUGGAACUAAACCGUCUACAAGUUAUGAAGGAUUCGACAGUGUACCUCCAGAUGCGAAAAAUCUUGUGAAACGUCUAUUUGAUGCGGUAGAUAUAGUCCAGAAACCGUUACAAAAAAUGGCUGAAUUAGAUGUCAUCUAUCAAGCAGUCAUGCGAGAAGUAGAGAGAAUCCAGGAUACUUUAAAUGAAGGACUGAUGGAAAUGAGUCGUGAACAAGUUGAUGAAAUGUUCGAUACGUUGGAAAAUGAGUUGCGUAUGGCACAACACUUAGCAUUUUGGAAAUCAGGCGUAAUGUUUGAUGUAGAUACGAAAUUACAGAACUUAAUUGGUUGCCAAACUGAUCCACAACAAAUUAAACAACCUGUUGUCGAAGAGGGAGAGGCGCAGAAAGUAGCAACUCGAAAGAGAAGAGGGAGAAAACAAGCAGCCAAACCAAAAGGGUUCCGAUCAAAACGUCAAGCUCCAACAGCAAGAGAAAAUAUACGACGGAUCGAAAGGGACACACGAUCCCAGUCUGUUGUAAAGGGAAAAGCAAAAGAGUCUCCGUCUCCACCAGCCGUAUCAGAUCAGUAUUUAUCAGGACGACGGAAGAAAAUAAAAGUGCAGGAACUAAAUGAAGGACGUUCGAUGCAAAAGAAGCGUGGUGCAGGAAGGCCGCGUUUACCAAGGAAACCCCGCCAAGCAACGUCUGCUGUUACAGAAAUAACAGAGGGUGAAAAUAAUCUCGAUCCCUUAUAUUGCUUAUGCCGGCAAGUUUCGUAUGGUGAUAUGAUUCUUUGUGAGAAUAAAAAAUGUAACGAAUGGUAUCAUUUCCCAUGUGUUCAACUGAGACAGAAACCGAAAGGUAAAUGGUAUUGCCCACAUUGUCGUGGAGAUCGAUGCGAUGUGAUCAAUCCCGAUUUGAUAGAAUAG